GAAGGUGUGAAUCAUACGAGAGAAAGUAGAGGUAUCUUCGCGGAUGACAUGGAGCAGAUGGAGCAAAUCAGCAGGAUUGCUGCAGGUUUCGAAGACACCACAGUGUUCCUCACAGGAGGCACGGGCUUUAUCGGCAAGUUAUUCCUGGAAAAACUGCUAAGGAUGUCUAAGACCGUGAAAGUUCUGAUCUUAGUGAGACCCAAGAAGGGCAAAGAUACGUUGACUAGGUUCCAGGAGAUAUUUGAUGGCCCAAACAUGGUACCAAUGAAAGUGAAAAAUCCCAAGUUCUCAAAACAGAUACAUUUGGUGAAUGGCGAUUGUGUGGAGAAAGACUUGGGUCUUUCUGAAGAAGACAAGCACACGUUGAUCCAAGAAGUCAACUUUGUAAUCCAUUGUGCAGCAACAGUGAGGUUAGACCAAGACCUUAAGACGGCUGCGUAUAUAAAUGUACGAGCCGUGAAAGAUCUAAUCGCUAUGGCCAGGAAAAUGAAGAAAUUGAGGGGAUUCUUACACGUCUCCACAGCCUUCUCAUGCUGCCUUCAAGACGAAAUAGACGAGAAAUUUUACGAGCCCGGUAUGAAGGGAGAAGAUUUGUUACACAUUGUAGAAGCGAUGAAUCCGGAAAGAUUGACGGCCAUCACACCAUCGUUGCUCAUGGAUUGGCCAAAUACGUAUGUUUUCACGAAAGCCAUAUCUGAAGAUCUGUUGAAAAGGGAAUCCGGAUAUUUGCCGAUCGCUGUGUUGAGACCUUCCAUUGUUAUAGCGUCCAAAACUGAGCCGGUGACUGGUUGGAUAGACAACCUUUAUGGUGUUACUGGAGCGUUCGUAGCAGGAGGCGUUGGUUUCAUGAGAGUAUUCCCAAUGAACGUUGAUAAAAAAACAGACAUAAUACCUGCAGACUACGUGACCAACGCCGGUUUUGCAGUGCUCUGGGACAUAUCAGAAAGAAGAUCUUUGAAUGAGAAUUCAGAAGUUCCCAGUGAAGAAAGGGAUGACCAAGUACCCAUAUUCAAUGUGGUGAGUUCAGUGGAAUGUCCCAUUACUUGGGGACAUGCCCAUCAGCUGGUUCAAAAAAUGGCAAACAAGAUCCCUACAGUAAUGCUUAUUUGGUAUCCCAUAGCCUUCGUCUCCUCUAACAUCCAGUUAUGCGCAAUCAUAGCCUUUUUCCUGGAAACCAUUCCAGCCUACUUGGUGGAUGCCCUAUGUUACUGCAUUGGUAAAGAACAGAUGAUGGUCAAGGGAUACCAAAAACUGAACAAAUUCACGAAAAUUGUCAGUCAGUUCAGUACGAGAGAAUGGAAGUUCAAGAAUGACAACCUUCAAGCGCUUUGGCGCAAGUUGGAACCUGAAGAUCGCAGAUUGUACCCUUUCAGCAUGAAAAAUUUCGACUGGACAGACUAUGUCUACUUUUACGUCCGAGGGGUUAGGGUUUAUCUCCUGAAAGAUCCCCUGGAUACCGUGCCCAAAGGAAGGACCAAGUUUCGGCUUUUAACCAUACUACAUUUCACCUUUGUCGCUGUAAUAGGGGCUCUCAGUUUGGCGCUGUUGAAAUUCUUUGUGUAUUUCGAAUGUGCAUACAUAGGGGUGAAAACUGAAUCGAAAAUUCUUAUACACCAUUAUUCAGUUUCAAGAACCAUGGAAGGUGGUAAUCAUACGAGAGAAAGUAGAGGUAUCUUCGCGGAUGACAUGGAGCAGAUGGAGCAAAUCAGCAAGAUUGCUGCAGGGUUCGAAGACACCACAGUGUUCCUCACAGGAGGCACGGGCUUUAUCGGCAAGUUAUUCCUGGAAAAACUGCUGAGGAUGUCUAAGACCGUGAAAGUUCUGAUCUUAGUGAGACCCAAGAAGGGCAAAGAUACGUUGACUAGGUUCCAGGAGAUAUUUGAUGGCCCAAACAUGGUACCAAUGAAAGUGAAAAAUCCCAAGUUCUCGAAACAGAUACAUUUGGUGAAUGGCGAUUGUGUAGAGAAAGACUUGGGUCUUUCUGAAGAAGACAAACAGAUGUUGAUCCAAGAAGUCAACUAUGUAAUCCAUUGUGCAGCAACAGUUAGGUUUGACCAAGAACUGAAGACUGCAGCGCGUAUAAAUGUACGCGCCGUGAGAGAUCUAAUCGCUAUGGCCAAGAAAAUGAAGAAGCUGAGGGGUUUCUUACACAUAUCCACAGCCUACUCAUUCUGCCCCCAAGAAGAAAUCGACGAAAAAUUCUACGAACCCGGUAUGAAGGGAGAAGAUUUGUUACACAUGGUAGAAACGAUGAAUCCGGAGAGACUGAAGGCCAUCACACCGUCGUUGAUCAAGGAUUGGCCGAAUACGUACGCCUUCACGAAAGCCAUAGCUGAAGAUCUGCUGAAAAGGGCCGCUGGAAAUUUGCCCAUUGCAGUGUUGAGACCUUCCAUUGUUAUAUCGUCUAAAGCUGAGCCGGUGGCUGGUUGGAUAGACAACUUUUAUGGCGUUACCGGAGCCUUCGUCGCAGGAGGUCUUGGUGUCAUGAGAGUAUUCCCGAUGAAGGUUGGAAACAAAACAGACAUAAUACCUGCAGACUACGUGACCAACGCCGGUUUUGCAGUGCUCUGGGACAUAUCAGAAAGAAGAUCUCUGAAUUGGAAUGCAGAACUUCCAAGGGAAGAGAAAGAUGAAGAAGUACCCAUAUUCAACGUGGUCAGUUCAGUGGAGAGUCCCAUCACUUGGGGACAAUUCCAUCAGUUAGGUGAGAAAAUGGGACGCAAGAUCCCUACGGAAAUGCAGAUCUGGUAUCCUGUAGCCUUCGUCUCCUCCAACCUCCAGUUAUGCGCAAUCAUGGCCUUCCUUCUGCAAACCAUUCCCGCCUACUUAGUGGAUGCCGUAUGUUACUGCAUUGGUAAAGAACCGAUGAUGGUCAAGGGGUACGAAAAACUCAAUAAAUUCACUAACGUCAUCACUUACUUCAGUACGAGAGAGUGGAAGUUCAAAAACGACAACCUCCAAGCUCUUUGGCGCAAGUUGGAACCUGAAGAUCGCAGAUUGUACCCGUUCAGCAUGAAAAAUUUCGAUUGGACCAACUAUGUCUACUUCUACGUCAGAGGUAUCAGGGUUUAUCUCCUGAAAGAUCCCCUGGAUACCGUGCCUAAAGGAAAGACCAAGUUUUGGCUCUUAACCAUACUACAUUUCACCGUUGUCGCCUUACUAGGGGCUCUCGGCUUAGUGCUGUUACAUUUUUUGUUCAAACGACUCGUUUAAUGCAAGCCUAGAUUUAAUUUAAAUAAAAUAAUUGUACCUCGAA